AUGAACCGCUCCUCGAAUAGUGGCUCAACACAAAGCACUUAUGACAAUUAUUUCGCUGCCUGUAAACCAAAUAAAUGUACGUUUUGUCAACCUGUUCGCAAGAAUGCUCAAAUUGAACUCGAUGUCAAAGAAUCUGGAGCAAACGUAAUCAUCUGCACUGGCAUUCCAGCCGAAGAAAAGGCAACAGGUUUACGCCAAUAUGCCGUGUCCGAUAUUCAAAAUCGGAAUUUUGUUGAAUUCGGUACUUUGAUUCUCGACACUAUUGGCAAUCCUCUGGCAUACAAUGGUUACGGAUGCUGGUGUGGCAAAGGUAAACGUGGUAAUUUGGUUGUCGAUGCAACCGAUCGUUGCUGCCAAGUACAUGAUAACUGUUUUGGAAGUGCGGAAGCCGCUGUCGAGAAGUGCAGGCCAUUAUUAAAAGCUUACAAACAUCAAAAGAUGUCGAAUGGAACUAUUCAAUGCGUCGAUCCGGCAGGAACAUGUGCUUAUAGAACUUGCCAAUGCGAUAAAGCUGCUGUUGAAUGUUUCCUUCGUCAACGAGAGAUCAGUUACAAUUCAGAUUUCGACAAUUGGAAAGGCUCAUGCAGUGAAACAUCGAUGAAACUAGAAGAUGAUCCUCAAAGAUGCCCACCUGUUUGA